GAAAAGGCAAUGAAGGUUUUCUCCUUUCCUCCGCCAUCGUGGUGGGUGUCCCUGAUUCUUCCUCGCCAUGUCUUCUCACAAGACCUUCAGAAUCAAGAGGUUCCUGGCCAAAAAACAAAAACAAAACCGCCCCAUUCUGCAAUGGAUUCGGAUGAAAACUGGUAAUAAAAUCAGGUAUAACUCCAAGAGGAGACAUUGGAGAAGAACCAAGCUGGGUCUAUAAGGAAUUGCACUUGAAUGGCGUGCUCAUUUCUUCUGUCUCAAUGUCACAACGUCACUAUCACCACAUCAAGUUGAAGAUGUCACCAUCAUCUGGACAGCUGGACAUGUUUGAUUAGGGCUGUGACCAGUGGGCUGGUUCAGUAAUAAAUAUGUGAUCCCUUUUGAAAAAAAAAAAAAAAAGAAAAGAAAA